AUGGAAGACGAGGUGGGACGGAGGGCUCGCUGCCGUGCUCCUGGGUUGAGGAGGGGUGGCUGCUGUCCGAGAGGGAGCAGAGGAGUCGGCGCCGUUCGCCAUGUUUGGGAAGGAGCAGGGAACGGGGGACUUGCUGCCGGCUGCCCUCGACCAAAGGAGCCAUCGCCAUCCGCCAGGAGGCGGAGGAGUGUCGGGCCUUUUCACCAGAUGUCCAGUACCAUCGCAUGGCACCGCGAUUGGAUCAUCUGGCACCUGGGAAACAGGAAGAUGCUCCUGUGGCCUGCAGCACGAAGCGAGAUGAACAAACUUAAGAGUUGCAGAUUCUUCUUUGCUGCACACACUGGCAUGGAAACCGUUCACAGCAGAGCCAAGAUGGACAACAUCGACAGCACUGUACGGGGUUCCAAGUGGUUGGAGAGAGAGGAAAGAGCCCGACAGUUUCAUGAGAGACAGCUGGAGGAACGCAGGAAAAAGCUGGAGGAGCUGCGAGUGAAGGAGGAGAGGAGACGCAUUGCUGUGGAGGAGAAACGACGGCAGAAACUAGAGGAGGAGAAGGUCCGGUAUGAGGCUGUUAUCAGGAGGACCAUGGAGAGGAGUCAGAGAGCCAGGCCCAAGUCAAACCGCUGGAGCUGGGGUGGAACGCUCUCUGCCAGCACCUCACACAACAACGGUUUUGAUGAUUCUGCUCUCUUUUCUUUGGAUCUAGCUGGGCUGGAGCACUAUCAUGGUGUUUACAGCUUGGCGCAUCAGCAGCAGUUUCGAUCGAAAUAUACUGACAGAAGGUCAGUCUCCACUAUGAAUCUGUCCAAACCCACAGAUCCAGUCAUUUCCAAACGCCUGUCAUAUUCCUCAGCCACCUUGCUGAAUUCACCAGAUAGAGCCUUACAGAAGCAGACAUCUCUCUCGUCGUCUUGCUUGAUUAAAAAAACACAAUCUAAAUCCCAAAUCUCCAAAGAGAAGAUACCUCAGGACAAACCAGCAGGUAUGCGUCGCAUGCCUCUUACUGCGUGGGAGAAUACAAUGAUCAAUCGACUACAGACACCAACACACUCUUACCUGGCCAGGAGUCGCAGCGCCAUGUCUUUGUCUGGAGAAGCAGUGACCCCCGUUUGUCCUCGCUCAGCCUCCUGUCAUCCAAUGAGCUCCAUGUCCUUCAAGUCCAUCCAGUCACGCAGUGCUGAGCGACCAAUCAAAGCAGGCCUUAAUCUUGAGAGACCAAUCAGAGCAGGGUUCAUCCCUCUGGACAGCAGCGCUCGCAGAAAGACCACCCAGAAUUUGCCGAUUGACAGGAAGGAUAAGGACAAUGUGAGAAAGUCAUGGAGUAACCUGGCAUAUCCCACUACCAAUCUGAGCCUGUUCACACCCAAGAGAUCUCCUUCACCUGUCGGUCAUCGCAGCAGGGUCACCAAUCCAUCCCCCAACAGGGGCUCUACUACUAAACCCCCUCAGAAGACACCUAACCCCAAAAAGUCCAGGUCUCCACCUCCUCCAGCAUCAAUUCGUCUGUCUCCUAGUAACCCGUCCUUAUCGCCAGGCAAUCUCAGGCCUAACAGAGUGACAUCAGAGAGCCCGAGAGCAACUCCAGAAGGAGAGGGGGCCAAAAAAGAGGAUAUGGAACCAGUCUCUCCUGCAAUUAAACCGGAGCCUUCUGCUGAAGAUUCUGGAAGUCCUCCAACAACACGGCCCUCUGCAGGCACAACAGAUCCUGAGGAGGCAUCACGUCUGCUGGCUGAGAAACGACGGCAGGCCAGAGAACAAAGAGAAAGAGAAGAGGAGGAGAAGAGACAGCAGGAAGAGGCUGAAAGGCGCAGCAGGGAGGAGAUGGCCCGCCGGAAGGCAGAGGAGCGGGCGAAGAGAGAGGAGGAGGCACAGCGGCAGGCAGAAGAGAAGAAGAGACGAGAGGAGGAGGCGAAGCGUUUAGAAGAGGAGAAAGCACAGAGGGAGAGAGCGGAAGCUGAACGCCUGCAGAAACAGGUUGUGGCUGCCCAGCUCAGAGAAAACGGCACUGUCACAGAGGCUUUCGAGGAGGUCAUAGAGGUUCCCGUGGGGACCAAACUGUCCCGUCAAGAUGGAGAUGGAGAGGAGGUGGAAAAUGAAGAAGAGGAGAAGAGAAAGGUUCCCUUAUUGGCUUUCAGAGAGAACAGCAGCAUGCAUAAUGCUUUCGAGGAGGUCAUAGAGGUUCCCGUGGGGACCAAACUGUCCCGUCAAGAUGGAGAUGGAGAGGAGGUGGAAAAUGAAGAAGAGGAGAAGAGAAAGGUUCCCUUAUUGGCUUUCAGAGAGAACAGCAGCAUGCAUAAUGUGAGUGGACUGGAGGAAAACCUGGCACAGUGA